AUGAAGCGAUCAGCCCCUCCUCCCGCUGGUUCUAUCUCUCCACCGCUUGUCAAGCGCAAAAUUGAAUCGACUACCACCAAUAAGGCUGUAGCUAGUUUCUUCAAGCCUGCGUCACAGAAAGAACCAGAGAAGCUCGUAUGGCGCACCGUUGACCAAACCCUCAUCAUUGGCCGAUAUAACGUGCCCCAUAAACCACCUCAGCCGCGCGCGCCACCCGUCAAGAUCGCAGCGUUCGAUCUGGAUGACACUCUCGUGGCUCCUAAUACCGGAAGCAAAUGGGCUAGAUCUGCAGUGAGUUGGAAGUGGUGGAAUCCAUCAGUUCCCGACCGACUGAAGUCUCUCCACAAUGACGGUUAUCUCCUCGUCAUUCUCAGCAACCAGUCAGCCAUCAGCCUGAAGGAUAAUCCCAAAACGCUCAAGAACGACAUGGCCAGCCUUGCCAACUUCAAAACCCAGGUCAAUUCAAUCCUGCACCAACUCGACUUGCCCAUCAGUGUCUACGCGGCGACCGGCCAAGACCGAUACCGCAAGCCUCGUGUGGGGAUGUGGGAGGAGGUGUUAGAAGACUAUGAUCUUCAGGCUGAAGGAGCUGUGGACAUGACAAACUCGUUCUAUGUGGGUGAUGCUGCUGGGAGAGAUAAGAGCGACAAGAGACGAAAGGAUCAUGCAACAUCCGACAGGGACCUUGCGGCGAACAUUGGCAUCAAGUUUCAGACCCCCGAAGAAUUCUUUCUCGAUGAGACUACAGAACCGUACGAGCACGUCUUUGACCCGACAAAGCAUCUUGAAGCCGCAAAGCCUCCUGUGAAUGGCGCAGCGGAGAGCGCCAUAUCCGCGCCGUUCACUAAGAACAGCCACCACGAGUUGGUCAUUUUUUGUGGCUCACCAGGCGCUGGAAAAAGCACGUUCUACUGGGACGUCCUCCAACCACUUGGCUAUGAGAGAGUUAAUCAAGAUAUUCUCAAAACGCGCGAGAAAUGCAUCAGGAAAGCAAAGGAACUCCUGGAGGCAGGGUUAUCCGUGGCAGUCGAUAACACGAAUGCGGACAUGGAAACCCGGGCGUACUGGGUGAAAGUAGCCCGUGAAUUCAAUGUCCCUAUCCGGUGUGUUCGCUUCACAGCCUCGACUCGCCUUGCAGAGCAUAAUGAUGCUGUGAGGGCAAUGAAUCCAAAUAUGAUGAAUCCCGAAAACCGGACCCAACUCCCUGGCAUUGCAUUUCGCUCCUUCGUCCAGAGAUUCCAGGAACCUACGCUCGAGGAAGGCUUCGAAGAUAUCUAUAAGGUCGACUUCGAGUUCAAGGGCACUGAGGAACAGAAAAAGCUCUGGUCAAGAUACUGGGUGUCGAAGUAUUCGACGUGA